ACUCAAUGCCUUCCGUGCGUGGUUUUUGGAGUUUAGGCCUGAGCGGGACGACCCAGACCAGUCACGACCCCCGAUUCUCGGGCGUCCUCAAUCUGUUGGUUAGACGGAAAUCAGUGUUCCACGACGUCGGGAGCGGCACGACAACAUAUGGGCGCCUCGCUGAGGUGGCAAGAACCUCGAUUGUCCUUCCGCCGGCUUUUCUCCAAUCGCAGUUGGAUAGCCACGUCUACAUUGACUGUGUGCUCGCCCCUUUCGGCGUUGAUGGCCGGAACCGGUCCUCCUUCGCGACGCGGAUUCUGAGGGCCGCCCAUGGUUUGUCCAGGCUCCAUCCACUCGGUUUCCAUAUGACGGCGAUUCUGGACCUGACGAUCUUGGAAAUUUCAGAAGCGGAGGAUUUGGAUAUGCAUGAGUUGAUGGAGCAACUUGACUCGGAAUCGGGCCCCGUCACGAGGGGCGCGGCAAAGUCGGCCAUUCUUGGGCUCAAGGAGAAGGUCUUUGCUGCUGAAGAUGGGGAGUGCUGUUCGAUUUGUCUAGAAGACUUUCACAGGGCGGAAAAGGUGACGGAACUCCCUUGUUCCCAUGUAUUCCACCGACCGUGCAUCAUCAGGUGGUUGGAGAGUAGUAACUCCUGCCCACUGUGUCGCUAUCAGUUAGAUACUUAGAUAAAUGAGCCCCAUUUCAUAAUUUUGAGGUUCUUGUUGAUUUCUUGUUGAAACUUUGGAUGGUUGUACAAGCCCAAAUUCACACGGUCAAUCUUCAUGUUUCAGAGAAAUACAAAUUGUGAAUAUAGUGAACAUUGUGCGCUGUUUUUCUUUGUUAUUUCAUGUUCUCUUUUCUUUGUUUUCUGCGCUAGUUACUUCCUCUUUAAUUUGAUCCAAUGGUCCAACUUAAGACAAGACGAUGUAGGUACAGUGAGUAGUGAAGUCCCAUUUCCAGACUACUCUUUCCAUACAUCGGACCACCAUGGUGAGAAAAAAAGAGUAAAAUGCUCCGAAGCAAUCGAGAGUGAAAAGAGUAAAUCGCUGCCAUACCCAAAUGAUAGGGUAGUCAUUCUGAAAAUUUCUUAAUUUCGUCCCCAUGAAAAUGUUUCAUAUCGAAAUGGCUCCUCAAGUUUUCUGAAAAGUUCCAUAUUACACCAAAAGUAUCAACAGCGGCUUUGCUUCCAGCAAGAAAGUGGUCGUAUCACCACUUAACCAUUAACUCUAUAAGUUCUUCGUAAUUGGAAUUAGGCACUACCAAUGAGAAUCGAGCCGACAUUAUUCUCUUUUUCUAGAUUCAUCACACAAACCAUGCAAUUCGCCCCGAUAGCAUAUGACAAGUGAUAUGAAGAUCCAUCGUAUCAUGUAGUUCAUAAUGCCCAAGGAUGAUCCUAUAGAGAAGCUAAGAUAAUAGCGAAAGCUUUGCAACAUCAGGAGCCUGAACAUAAUGGCAGCUAUAAUAUUCUGAGUAUCUGUGCGACUCAGUAAAUCAUUUGAAUACUCAAGAUGGCAACAUUCAACUCUAAUAUCAGCUAACAUCCCCACUUAAUCUCAGGAUGGUUACAAUAACACCGCCGGAGUUCGGACGUGAAGCGUCUUGAAUCCUAAAGAAUGACAGUCUCCAUUGUCAUAGCAAGAUUACGAAUGUUUACUUUUUCUGCAUUUUGCUAGAAACAAAAACUAAAAUGAAUGAAAGUGUAAUCGACUCCCAACUCAAACUAGACACCCAAAGUUUUUCUCGAAGAGUGUUUUGAAG